CAUAGCUUCCUGUUACCUGCCAGCAGCCUUUCUUUAUCUGUAGAUUGUGGAAAGGAAAACAAUAUGAGGUCCUUGCUGCCUCCAUCAGGAUGGAUGAUGGAUUGAUGUUAUCAGUAGCUCAAACUAUAUAGCAUCAAUGAUUAAUGGACAAUGAAGUAGAAAGAAUGUGGAAGGAAGCAGAUGGCCUAAUUCAAGGAUGGAUGAAAUACAAGUGGUGGUUGUGGGUGCAGGGGCAGCAGGAGUGGCAGCAGCUGCUAGGUUAAUGGAACGUGGAGUUAAUGUUACUAUUUUAGAAGCAGAGCAAAGGAUGGGAGGCAGAAUUCACACUGUUCUUUUUGAAGAUGCUGUGUUGGAUCUUGGAGCUCAGUGGGUUCAUGGAGAAGUGGGCAAUGUUGUAUUUUACUUGGCAAACAAGUAUGGACUUUUGACUGAAAGUAAUACAAGAAUAUUAGAAUCACCAUAUAUUGAUUGUACAGGAAAAAUUGUUGACCAAGAGGUUGCAGAUAAAAUAAUAAGAAUUUUAUCAUUUAUUCACAAGAAUGGUGACUCUGUAUUAAGAGACUUUGAAGGAUCUCUUGGAGAUUAUUACAAUGAAUCAUUUCAGAAAAAGAUGGAAGAAGAAUUUUCUGGUAGUCAUUCAACAAUAGGUCAGUAUUUCUUAGACUGGUUCCAAAAGUUUGAGAACAGUAUUGAUGGUUCUGAUUCCUGGUUUGAAACAUCUGGCCGUGGUCUGACAGAAUACUGGGAUUGCGAGGGUAAUCUGCUAUUGAGCUGGAAAUCUGGAGGGUAUCAGAAAGCCCUGGACCUUUUAAUGAAUAAAUAUCCAGGUGGGGAAGAUGAAGUACAUGUUGGUGGUAAUGUAAAAUACAAUAAAGAAGUUACACAUAUUAAGUGGAAUAAUGUGCCAGCAAAUAAAGUCCUAGUGGAGUGUUCUGAUGGUUCGUCAUAUGCAGCAGACCAUGUUAUACUGACUGUAAGUCUUGGUGUGUUGAAGGAGAAAGCACACUCCAUAUUCUAUCCAGCAUUGCCACCAAAAAAGUUAAAAACAAUUGAGGGUUUGGGUAUUGGGUGCGUGAACAAGAUAUAUCUCAAGUUUCCAUACCAGUGGUGGCCAGAACUACACUCUGGUUUUAACUUCCUUUGGACUGAUGAAGAGGCACAUACUUUCAAGCCUUCAGGAAAUGUGGCUGAGGGUGUGGGAGGAAAGCAAUGGCUUCAAGAUGUAUUUGGGUUUUAUUCUGUGGACAACCAGCCUCUAGUAUUAUGUGGCUGGAUAGUGGGACCUUCAGCACGCUACAUGGAACAGUUGUCUGAUGAACAAGUGAUAGAUGGCUGUGUUGAACUUCUGCAGAAGUUUGCUGGUAAAGGCUUUAAUUUGACAGUACCUAAGCCUGAACGUAUGGUGAGGUCAGCCUGGUCAUCAAACCCUCACUUCCGUGGCUCAUACAGCUUCCGCAGCAUGACUUCAGAGACUCUAGGAGCAUUUGCAUCACAUCUGGCUGAACCUUUAACUAAUAACAAUAAGAAACCAGUUUUGCUGUUUGCUGGUGAAGCAACACAUGAACACUAUUAUUCUACUGUGCAUGGUGCUGUGGAAUCUGGAUGGAGGGAAGCAGAUAGGAUCUUUGCAUAUUAUGGUUGCUGUAUUCCCAAAACAUCAGUUCUGGAUUGCAGGAACUCCUGCCAAGUGGUUAUUGUUGGCGCAGGCAUUGCUGGUCUUGCAGCUGCCAAAACUUUGGUAGACAAUGGACUUGGUGACAUCAUAAUUCUAGAAGCACAGGAUCAUUCAGGAGGACGAAUUAGCUCCAUGUUCCUUAAUGGAGGCUGGAUAGAAACUGGAGCACAGUGGAUCCAUGGUCAAAAUAAUGAGGUUUGGAAACUUGCACAUAAGUAUGACUUGCUCUCAACUGUUACAUCAUCCGAGGGAGAAGGUAUAUACAUCAGAGAAGAUGGAGUGGUUUUUGACCCAACACUUGUUGAAGAGGUUUACCGAGUGGUAACUGAAAUAUUACAAGAAUGUGAACAGUAUGCAGAUGGUUAUUGUGAUAUGGAAGCAAUACCCAAAUCUAUUGGUCAUCAUCUUAAGCAGAAGUUUGAACAGUAUCUAGAUAGUUGUCAUGGCGAUUCAAAGGAGCAACGAUGCAUGAAGGUGGAACUGUAUGAUUGGCAUCUGAGAUUUCAGGUGAUUGACAACUCAUGCACGAUACUAGAUAAGCUUUCUGCCAAAGCUUGGGGGAACUAUUUGUUCAGUGGUGGGAAUGAUUAUGUAAACUUCAAGAAGGGCUAUAGCUCUCUGAUCAGGGCCAUAGUAGAGGAACUCCCAACUGGAACCCUGUUUCUAAACAGUCCUGUAACUAAGGUGAAGUGGCAGCAGAACGUUAGUUUGCAGGUACCGGAUGACACAGUUUUGGAAGAAGCUUGUAAGAAACUGAGGGGACAUGACGUGAAAAAUCCUUUUGGCACUGAUAUGUAUAGGGAUACAGUGCCCCGGUCUUCUCAUAAUGGCAUUGACUCAAAGGUUAUGAAAAAUAUAGGGAAAUCUCCUGUGACAGUUUUGUGCAACAGUGGAGCAAUGUAUACUGCUGGACAUGUCAUUGUGACUUGUUCUCUUGGCUGCUUGAAGGAUAGCUGCAAGACGAUGUUUGAACCUGAACUGCCUCGUUCUAUGAUCCAGGCUAUUGAAGAUAUGGGGUUUGCUGCAAUAAACAAGAUCUUUCUUGAUUUCAAAGAGCCCUGGUGGAGUCCUGACAUCAAAGGCUUUCAGUUGAUUUGGUCCAAGGAUAAUAGUGUUAUACCAACAUAUAAAGAGCGCUCAUCUUGGACUCAAGACCUUACUGGUUUUGAUGUUGUUUGUGGACAAGAAGGUGUUCUUCUGGGCUGGGUUGGAGGAAAGGGAGCUGAGUUGGUUGAAGACUUGGCAGAGGAAGAGAUUGGGCAACACUGUACAGAUUUGUUGAGAAAGUUCACACUGAAUGAAUAUAUUCCUCUUCCCCGUCGAGUGAUAAGGAGUCAGUGGCACAAGAAUCCGUACAUUCGUGGAGGAUACAGCAACUCAACAAGUCUGUGUGAUGUUUCCAGCAGAGGGCCAUCAGACCUGGCAACACCUGUGUGGGCUGAUGUGUGCUGUGGGGAUGUACCCACUGAAUGUAGGUAUCCCGUAGUUUUGCUAGCGGGGGAAGCGACCCACGAGCAUUACUUUUCCACAACACAUGGUGCAUAUGACACAGGCCAGGCACAGGCUAAGGUGAUUUUAGACUAUCUCAAAGGUAUGAAAGCGGGGAAGAGGACAAAGCUAUCAGUUGGGCCCUCUUCUCUAAACUAGCCUCAGAACUGGACCAGUUCAGGUAUCCAAAGUAUUACAAGUUAUCAUGUGCCAAUGGUUCAAAUUUUGGGUUGGCAAUGGGAUGUUGCUCCAUGUGAUCUCAUAGAAACGAACAACUUACUGCCGCCAUCAUCAGGGCAAUGAGUCUGUUGCUCUGAAGUUGGAGGCAGUAAGCACCUCUGAAACAACAGGUUCUAUGGAUUGCAUGGCUCAACAUUCCUGAAGACAGUCAUCUUCAUACUCACCAAUAUGAGAAUAUUAUCUUGCCACUCUUUGUUAAAUUUUAAAAUAUACUUUUUCUUGUGCGACAGCAUUUUUUUAUACUUAAUUUUAUAUAUAUUUAUAUACUGUAAAGUCUGCCAAUGCAAGAACUAAAUCAUGUAUGUAUUCCUGGAACUACAGAGUGUUUUGUUCUGGUGUAACUUUGUGCUGCUUUUAUAACUGUAUAAGAGACUCUCAUUAUACUAGUUUUCACUGUCCAUGUUUUAUUUUGGUAUCAUGAGAGGUGUCAAUAUUCUCUCCAUUACCAAUUUUUAAAGCUUCUUACCUUUUGUUGAAAUGAGCCGGGAUAGCUCAGUCAGUAUAGUGACUAGCUACGGGCUGGAUGGCCGGGGUUCGAUCCACGAUGGGGGCAGAGGAUUUUUCCUCUAGCCUCUGCGUCCAGACCAGCUCUGGGGCCCACCCAGCAUCCUCUACAAUGGGUACCGGGGGUAAAGCCGGCCGGGGCGUGAUGCCGACCACUCACCCCAAGCGCCUUUAUGGCACGUAGCGGGACAAACUUUACUUUCCUUUUACCUUUUGUUGAACCUUCUCUAGGUUUAUCAGGGAAUGUGAUGCAGGUGAUAAGCUUAGCAUCAGAGAAUUCUGGCACAAGCUUAACAUCAAAACAGUGAUUGUUUUGUGUCCCAUUUUACAUGUUUUGAACAAACAUAGUGAUUUGCAGGAAUGUGACCUCCAUGUAUAAUGAGAGACAACUGUAUGUAUUUUUAAGUAAAGGAAAACACUGUGUAUAAAUAGUGUAAUUAAUGAUGUAAGCGAGUGAUUUUAAAAGAACUGCCAAAAAUACUUUUUAUAUUCUGGGUUUAAUGAGGAUAGUUCUAUUGUUAUUAUUGACGCUGAAUGUCAUUAUAUACGCUGUGUGUGUAGGUAUAUGUGUACGUUCAUGCGUGUAUGUAUUAUGUUCAUGUGAACUGAGCUGAUUUUUAUCCCUCAUGUUAUUUAACAUUAUUUUCUUGUAUUGUUUUGUAAAUUAUGAUACUGUUAAACUUUAAAAAAGUG